GCAUGGACCCAGAGAGAUCUCCAGGCAAAUAUAGAAAGAAGUGUCCAACAAGAGAAGGAGCUUUUGCACUUGGAAGAAGUUGCUCCUCUUCGUCUUGGGAAUGCUGUUCUUUGUGGCUUCGCUGGCUUAUGGUGCUUGGUGUUUCUACCCCUAUGGACUACAGACCUUCCACCCUGCUAUGCUCUCCUGGUGGACAGCCCGUGGUAGCAGCAGGAGAGAGGACAGGUGGGAACCAGCACAGUCCCCCUCGUAUUUCCAGUGGGGUGACUCUGGGAACCCGAGGAGUCUCCACAAACUGGCCAGCACAGCCCAGACUAGCAGACUUUACCAAGCUGGGAAGACGUGAAGGCCAUGUGCAUAUCAUGUUGGCUGCCCACCAGAAGCUUAUCCACCAGGAGCUGGAAAGUGAGGUGGUGCAGAAGACAUCUGAGUGGCACGGUUCUUCCCAAGAGGAGAAAAGGCCAAAGGAGAUGGAUUCCCUAGAGGCCCAGCUGGUUGGCUUGAGGCAGGAGCUGGUGGCCUUGAGCCAGAGGCAAGCUGAGGUGCAAAAAGAAUUACACCUUUGGCCAGAGAAGAUGGUGGCCCUGCGCAAUGAGGUGGAGUCUAAGGUCCCUGGUUGGAUUCAGCAGGUCCUUGGUAUUAAGCAAGAGGAGGUGCAGGCCCAGCUUCAUGACCUGGAGCACAGAAUUGUGAGUCAUGUGGCCCAAGAGUGGCCCAAGUCUGUGAGCAAAGCUGCUGCCAUCUUAAGACUGAGCCUUCUGAAGGAAGGAAUGACCACCGGUGUGACAAAGGAGGAAGUGAAUCAGAUCAUUAAGGAGGCCCUGAAAGAACACAGUGAAGAUCGCAUCGGGCUUGUGGAUUAUGCCCUGGAGUCCUCAGGAGCCAGCAUUGUCAGUAGCCGCUCCUCAGAGACAUACGGCAUCAGGACGGAGUGGUCUGCCCAUUUCACUCUGUUGGGCAUCCCAUUGUGGCGCUAUUUCCAGUCGCCAAGAGUCAUCCUCCAGCCAGACGUCUACCCUGGCAACUGCUGGGCAUUCCGGGACCCCCGGGGCUUUGUCGUGGUGCACUUGUCUGGCGGCAUCCAGCUCACUGCCGUCACUUUGGAGCACGUGCCCAAAGCCCUGUCCCCAAACAGUGACAUCCCCAGUGCCCCAAAGGACUUUGUCAUCUUGGGUCUCAAUGAAGAUUCCCAGGUGGAGGGGGUUGCCCUGGGGCAGUUCACCUAUGAGAAUGCUGGGGAGGCCAUUCAGACCUUCCCCUUUCAGGGCAACAGCACAGCUCCAUACCAACUGGUAGAGCUUCGAGUAUUGAAUAACUGGGGUCACCCGGACUAUACCUGCAUUUACCGUUUCCGGGUCCAUGGCAAGCCUGCCAAUUAGCACCUCCCUCCGGGAUCCCUUCACCCUUUCCUCCUUCUACCACCAGCAAGCAGCUCUCCCACCUCCUCCUCCCUCCCCCAGGCUCAUUCCCUUCUGGCCGCUGAGACAUCUGGGAGAGAGACAAAAGGUGGGAGCCCACCUCUGUGGAGCCAUCUUGUCCCACCCAGACCUCUCUGAUAUGGACUAGACCACCAGCUGAGCGAUUUCUCUUUCAAUCCCCAUCAUCUGCAGGGUCAGGUUGCCCAGCUUCCUGCCAGGCCCUGCCCACCUCCAAGAGGUGUAGAAAUAGUUUUCUAUUAUGUGUUGGGGGUGUGGUAGGGACUAAUGAAGACCUUGCUAUGCUCAGCAGCAGUCCCACAGAAACACAGCUUACACCACCUUGGCUCUAGGGCAAUGACAAAUUGGGCAGCUGCAAAGGGCAGACUGGUAGCCAGUCUGACAUGGGCAUGCUCCAGUAGGUGGCUAAUGCCACUCUCCAGGGGAACUUGCAUGAUUCCCUUCACCACCGGCCAUGAUGGGUGCCAUCUUUGAAAUGGGAAGUAACUGGGAAUGACCACACUUGUCUUGGCUUUUGAUUCUGACAAGGCCAACAGCCUGGAUUUGAGGGAAGUUCUGCAUCCAGGAUCGUGUGAAGUGGCAUUUAGAAACAGUAUGGCAGCUGGGGGUGUAGCCAUGGCUUGGUGGCCCCUUGUACCUCCUGGGGCUUCAUUUAGAGAGGACUGGAAGGUUUCAGGUGUGUGGGAAAGGAAGUAUUAUUAGACAGAGAAUUACUGAUGGAUUAGAGAAUGCUGAAAGGGAGGUGGGCUCAGAGUGCAGCCAGGAGCCAUGGGGAGAGGGCCUUCCCUUAUGCUGCUGGUACCAAGUUUCUCCUGCCUGCCCUCAAGUAUCCAGAGACCCUACUUCUCCAGUCUAGCUAUGGCUUCAUCCACCUCCUGACCUGGACUUCAGUCACUGUGCUGUGUCUCCUUUGGGACCAUCAGCUAAUGUGCUUGUGACUAUGCUGAGCAGGAGACUGGCCGGGAUCCUGUUGAGAUUGGCCCUUGCCUUGCCCUGUCUAGGGCUGGUGUUGAGCUGAUGCUGCCCUGUAUCCCUGGGGCAGACGUGACAUGGCCCAGGUGCCUCUGCGGGGAAACAGGCCAUUGGAGACUCAUCAGGCUCUUGCUCUGCACUUGGAUUCUAGUUCCUUUUGGGACAUGUUAUCACAUGGGCAGGUGUUAAGUUGAUUGGGAUAGG